AGCGCUGCGAGCGGCCCUGUGCCGUGCGGAGGCCGGGUGCGGGUUGUGGUGGGGCGUUGAGCAGCGCCCGGCGCGGUGCCUUUGUCUGCCCCCGCAGCGCUGAGGGACCCAUCCUAUCGCCUUGCGCUGCUUAUUUUAACCUUUUUUUCUUUUUAAACUUACUUAUUUCUGUCCACAUAAAGGCUUUCGUUGAAAGCUUUGAUUUAGAUUUUUUUUUUAAACUUUAUUUUUUGCGGUUGUUUUUCCCUCUAUUCAAAUACCUGCACUGAGUGAACUAAUAAAGAUGGAUAAGAAAUCAUUUGAAACCGUGCUGGAUGAAAUUAGAAAGGCUGUACUGACUGAGUACAAAUUAAAAGCUAUUGAAUAUGUCCAUGGAUACUUCUCUAGUGAACAGGUUGUUGAGUUACUGAGAUACUUCUCCUGGGCUGAACCACAGCUCAAGGCAAUAAAAGCUUUGCAACAUAAAAUAGUGGCAGUCCCGGCAUCAAAAAUGGUUAAUAUUCUCAACUGUUUCACAUUCAGUAAAGAUAAACUUAUUGCUCUUGAAAUCUUGGCAUCCAACAUUGUUGAUGCUCAGAAUUACCGCCUUAUUGAAGAUCUGUUCAGAAUUAAUAUGUCAGAGAAGAAAAGGUGUAGAAGAAUUCUUGAACAGGCUUCAAAAACAGGUUGUAAGGCUCCUCAUGCUAUGAUAUCAUCCUGUGGCAUGAUUCCUGGCAACCCUUAUCCCAAGGGCAAACCAAGCCGUAUAAAUGGGAUUUUUCCAGGAACCCCCAUCAAAAAGGAUACAGAAGAAUGUACUAGUGAAGGAAAAGGAAUAGCAGCCCGUAUACUUGGCCCAUCCAAACCAGCUCCAUCAACCUACAAUCCACACAAGCCUGUUCCAUACCCCAUCCCACCAUGUCGGCCACAUGCAACUAUCGCACCAAGUGCUUACAACAAUGCUGGCUUAGUUCCAAUGGCUAAUGUCAUAGCUCCAGGCUUACCAGCUCCUUCAACAUACACUACUAAUCAAGGGGUAUCAGAAAAUGAAGACCUUUCCAGCCAGGCAAAACCUUCCCAAAAUCAAGCUUUUUCUGCACAAACGAAUCAGCUCUUUACUCCUCAUGGUUCUAAUCCUUCAACACCUGCUGCUACUCCAGUCCCUACCCCAUCACCUGUCAAGGCAAUAAGCCAUCCAUUAGCACCUGCAACUCCACUCAUCUCUGGGAUGAACAUGUCUACCCCUGUCCUUCCUGUUUUCCCGGGACAGGUCUCCUCCUCCAUCCAUACAUCUCAGCCAUCCACGCCAACCCCUACAGUCAUCAAAUCCCUUUCAUUACCUGGUGUUCCUGUCACAUCUGUACACAGUGCAACCUCUACUCCCAUCCCUGCGGUUUUCUCUGGGCUGGCUUCUAUACCCUCUGCUACACCAGGUCCACAAGGCUCUUCCACACCGUGUGCUACGCCUGCACCUAGUGAAGCUUUUGCAUCUGCUACUACACCAUUUGCUGGUCUCCCUUUUUCUGCAGCCUCUUCAGUUGCUUCAGCUAGUAAUCCCACUCCAUUGUCAUCAGUUUUUGCUGGACUUCCUCUGUCCUUGCCACCCAGUGUCCAAGGGAUUUCUAGUCCUGUUCCCUCAACAAUUGCUAAUUCUCCUGCCACCACCAUUCCUGGUUCACUUAGCCUGCCUAACCCUAUUUUGUCUGUCUUAAAGGGAUUUCUGACAUCAAAUGACACUUCAUUAAUCAAUUCAUCUGCUUUACCUUCUGCUAUGACAAGUGAACUUGCUUCUUUAUCUGCUCUUGCUAAUCAAAGCUCUGACCCUCCCACGUCCUCUGUCAAAUGUUAUACUCCAUCAGCCACCCCCACCUCACAGCGUUCCUCCACGCCUGGGCUGGCCAUUUUUCCAGGUCUUCCAUCCCCAUCUGUGACCAACUCUAGUUCCACUCCUCCAACAUUGCCUGCACAGUCACCUUUAACCACUUCACCAUCAGUUAUGCCAGUCAACUGUGGCUCAUCAGCCUCCCUCUUGCAUGGCACAAGCCCUACUAAUCCCGACCAGCAACUCUCAUCAACCCCAGUUGCCACAAGUAUCCCACAAGUCCUGAUCAAAACAGAACCCAUGAGUCCUACCCUCUCAGCCUUCAAAGGUCCUUCUCACUCAGCUGGUCCUUCUCAUGGCACUAUAGGGCUCUCAGCACUCGGGCGUGCGUACACCUCAGCAGCGUCAGUGCCAGUCAGUUUACCCAGCUCCCUGAACCCAGCACUAUCGGGUCUCUCCUCUUUGAGUGCUCCUCUAAACAACCCCAAUUCUCUGGCUUCCAUUUCCCUCGCCCCACAUGGCUCCACCACUCCCAUUGCCCCUGUGUUUAAUGGACUUCCUCCUUUCACAUCUCUAACCAGUAACUUUGCUUUUACUGGUAAUCCAGCACUUGCACCACCCGUCACUCUCCCAGGGUCUUUGUUAGCUACUCCAGCUACUACUGCUUCAGCUGUGUCUGCCCCUCAUGUGAAUUCCACAGCUGCCGUACUCUCAGGACUCGCCGCCUCAGCAACAGUCUCUGCUCCACCCUUCUCGCUUAACCUGUCCAGUGCCGUCCCUUCCCUUUUUUCUGUUGCCCAGGGACCUCUGGGAUCAUCAAACCCAUCCUUCCCUGGUUUUCCUGUCUCUAACACACCCUCUGUCACUCCUGCUCUCCCUUCUUUCCCUGGCCUCCAGGCAUCCUCUGCAGUAGCAGCAGUUGCACCGUUGCCGGCAGCUGCCACAGCCCCAUCUCCGGCUCCGGUCCUGCCAGGGUUUGCCUCGGCCUUUAGCUCAAACUUCAACUCUGCACUUGUUGCACAGGCUGGCUUGACUUCUGGACUGCAGACACCAGGAAAUGCAGUUUUUCCUGGUCUUUUAUCUCUCCCUGGUAUCCCUGGCUUUCCCCAAAGUGCCGCACAGUCUUCCUUACAGGAAUUGCAGCACAGUGCGGCCGCACAGUCAGCACUGCUACAGGCACAUUCUGCUUCUGCUCUGGAGAACUAUACAGCUCAGCCUGAAGGUUUUGCUAACUAUCCAUCAACACCAGGAACACCAUUUUCAUUGCAGACAAGUCUGCCCCAGAGUGGAUGGCAAUAAAUACCAGACAUUUUUAAAGACUGCAGUGGUUGCUUGACAGAGCCUGGUCCUAUUCACUUUGAAGGCUGUCUCCACUUUAGUGAGAGCGCUCUGCUUGAGUGGGAGCAUGGUUUGAACUGGGGAAGGAGGGGAAACUGUGAGGAUAAAAUUCCAGGCAAUUGUAUCAGACAUCAAGCUUAGGUUGUGAUUGCAUUUUAUUGAUUCAGGGUCUGAUCCUGCAAGUUUCUGGGCAUCCUUGACUCUUUUUGUAGUUUAUAAAUCGGAAUGUUUGGUUUCUUACAGGAUCAGGAGCAUUCAAACAGACGUUUGUGUAAAUAGAGCAAUUGGCUAACAAAUCAAAUGGGGAGAACAAGUAUACUUAAUUGUGUGUAUAAGCACCUAUUCUGUUACAUUUUGUAUGGUAUAUGUGGUUAAUAUAGAAUAAGACCUAGAAUGAAAUUAGGUAAUUAAAGCUGUAGAUGGUCUUUAGAUGCACACCUCUGUGCGUGCAUAGAUCAAGAUCAGUUUAUGGUUCUUCAGACCUACCAUUAUGUCUGAGGAUCUCCUGUUAGCAUCGAUAGCAUGGUAAGGGGAGAUCACAGGGGCUUGGGCGUAUUUUUACACUUUGAAUUAUUGUCAUGGGAUUGCUGCUGAAUUGUGUACUCUGUCAGAAUCAGAAGGAGAGAACUAGGAAAUGAUAAUGUAUUUGGAUAGAAGUGGAUGUCUUACUGGAGUAUGGUUUAGCUAGCUGGAAAUACGUCUUUCCAAAGUCCGUAAAAAGCCUUUUAAUUUGCAUCUAAAGUAGUGUUCCAUAGCAUUUUCCCUGCCCCCACACCUCUCUGUGGAUGAAAUAAUUGUACUGCGGAUAGGUUGCCUAUCCGGCACUUUUGACUGCAGGCUUUUGUGAAUGUUUACAGACAUGGGUCAAGUUCUUCUUUCCCUUAUAUUUACAGGCCCACUGGUUUUAUUUUGUUGGCUAUAAACCACAAUGUGAUGGUGCUUACGAGUUAUCCUGUGAAUAUAAGUGGGAGCAGAAUUUGGACCAUGGGAUUUUUAGUAUUUUUCCUUGGAAAACGUACAUGAUUUUAAAGGCAUAUGGCUAAAUUAACUGUAUUGGUUAGGAAGGGUUAUGAUGCAGUAUAUAGAAAGGUCUUUCUUUGUUAGUGAAAUUGAGUUGUGCACUCCUCUAAUGAUGUUAGUACCUGUGGCAAUGUGUAACACAUCAUUGAAUAUCAUCUAUUUAAGGUAAACUCUCAGUCGUGUCAAUAGAGAUGAAUGAUAUUCAAUCCUGUGGUUAAAUUAAAACGUAGAGGAUAUGAUACUGUAGAAAAGCUCUGCACCUAGAGUUUUACUUUUUUAAAGAUGAAUUCUGCUGGGAGAUGUUGCUAAUGUAUUUUCUUUCAAGAUGUGAACAAACUUUUUUAGAACAUUAAUGGAAAUUCAUGUACUGGUUUUUAACACAAUUUUUUUAAAUAAAAAGUUUACAGUCAUGGCAAAAGGCUUUGCUGACUAUUUACCUAUUUGCUUAAAAUAUAGAUGAAUAAACUUGUUUUUACUAAGACACUUCCUAAUGUUUGAUCCUACUUAAGCAGGUUUUUGUGAUGCUGAAUUAUCUAUAGAAUUAUAAAACAGGUUUCCUAAAGAGUGAUAAUAGAAGUACUCUAUGAAGUGUCAUUUAGGUAGAAAAUGUAAAUAGUGUCCUAGACACUCUGUCAGUAUUGGGCUAGUCUUGCAUUUUCAUAAUCACAUUUACAUAUCACUUUGAAGUAUGUUGCGCGUUCACAUUUUUUAUUUUGUGAAAGCAGUUGAUUUCACGAUUCUCUGCUUUGAACUUCUUUUGAAAUUAAUGCCUUACCUGUUGACUCUGGAAACUUGUGGAAAAAAUCUCAGCCAUCUUUCAGUACUACUCAUUCUUUUUAUGAGAAUUUUUUAAUCAUUUGUAGAUCGGUUGGAAAAGGAGAAAAUAAAAAUGUAGGUGUCUCGUCGAGAAGUGGUUGUCUUUCAUCCUGCAGAUGUGACUAUACAUGUAGUUCAAAACCAGUAAUCAUUCUGUAACCUUACUGAGGUGCUAAGUUUGAUCUCUGGUUUGAGCCCUACUUUCCUAAGCAACCAAGCAAUCAAAUAAAAAGCUUAAGCUAACUUAGUUCACCUUGUAGUCAAAGUCAGGUGUCAAACAUCAGCCUUUAUGUAAUGUUUCAUCAUAUGUAAGUAGUUCCUGUGUCAGUUUUUGGAAGCAUGUGUUGAGUGGUUAUGGAUUAUGUGUUUGUGGUGAGUUUUUUCCUGUUUGAACUUGAAACAUCUCGGGUACCUAAAAGAUCGUGAAGCUUUGUUUCUCCAAAUUCAGUCAGGUGAGAACUAGUGAAAUUUUCACUGUUUGGAAAGGUUGUUUUUUUUUUCCUGAACCACUGUACUUCAUAAGUGGGGCCUACCUGCUGGGAAAUGUCCUUUACCAAGGGAAGAGUUUUCCAUGUGCAGCUGGUGUCGUGUCAGAUAGAAGCUUGUCAUCAGUCUUAGACAAGUACACAAAUUGGUUAAGAAGCAUUAAACUAUCAACAGUUCCUCUCUAUAAUGGGCUCUUUUUUUUAGUGAAUCAUGUUGAAUAGGACAUUGUACAUGGAACUUUUCAAUGGUUAGGAUUAAGGUAAGUUUCAUUUCAUUAAAAAGUCACUCCUGAUGUAAAAUGUUUUUUAUUAAUUUUUCUCCUCAGGAAUAAAGUCAGUGUUCUGCAUUGCAGCUUGAAGCCAACUCCUGUGACCCAACCAUGGAAUUUCUGAAGAGGAUUGUUUGUCCUGAGCUCUUUCAUACUUACUUGAGCACCAUGUUUAAAGAGCCAGGGAAAAGUCUGCUCCUGAGGCAAAUGAUGCCAGAUCAUACACUGAAAUUGUCUUUGGAAAGGACUGUUGCUGUGUGACUUGAGUCUGGACUAAUUACGGUUUGAUUGUUCAGUUGCUGAUUACUGCUGUAUUUCAGCUAUGCUGAGAGACUACAAAGUCAGGUGCAGUGAAACGUUAUUUAAAAUAAAAUCUUUAUUCACAACAACAAA